AUGCUUUUGCGAGCCAAGCUCAUGGAUACUUCUGAUGCUGCUGAGAGGGUUGAGCUAAGGAAGAAGUCAUCGCAACUCGCACAUGAAGCAGUUGAGUUGGAUCCAACUUCUGGCGCUGCUCAUUCUUGUCUCGGUAACUCAUUGUUUCUUGAGUUCUUCAACACUGGCCAGAUGGACUCCAAGCUGUUGACUCAAGCAUGCGACGAGUAUCGCUUAGCCCUUCAGUGCGGGAAGGAAUAUCGCAAUGCAGACUUGCAUUUGAAUGCUGGUGCUGCCUUCCGCUAUGAGGAGAAUUAUUCUGAAGCCUUGGAGCAUCUUCAACUAGCCGUUAAGUAUGAUCCUAGUGAUGUCAUUGGUUCGCAUAGCCGUUUAGCAUCACUAACGAAGUUCCUCUCCAGUGUUGCUGCCGGUGUUCAGAAUACAGCUGUCGUAGCAAGAGUUGUAUCUACGAUUGCACAUGAUGAAGGAGUUCCCGUCGCCUCAGUCAUUAUGGAUGUAGAAGGUGAUUGCGUGGCGCUUUGCGUUUACAAUUGUGCCCAGACAUUCUCGUUCUUCGUUGGUGACACUGUCGCAGUAGCUGACCCUCAUGUCAUAGAAGUGAAGGAUUUGGAGUUACCGAGCUCUUCAACGAUCUCUUUCCGUUCGAUCCGGGUGCCAAAUCCUUCGAUGGUAUCACGCAACGGCAACCUUCCAAAACCCACACAAAUGGCUCCAUCACAUUUGAAGAUCUCUGCUUUAUGA